GUUGUUUACGUCAAUAUCAGUGUCUAAGAGUCAAGGCCCAACAAGAAAUGGAACCUUUUCCCGACCAGUUCAUGGAGUUCCACCCUAUCCACGGAACCAACGUGCAACUGGACCCCUUGUCCACGCAGGCCACGCGGGUCGAAAGCUUUGCCAAUGGAGUAUGCUUCAGCAAACACCCCCUCAAGCCAGGGGAGAUAUUCCUCAUAGAGAUCGAGGACAAGGAGCUCGGCUGGUGUGGCCACCUCCGGAUAGGCCUGACCGCCAAGGACCCCAUGAGCUUGGAGGUGGUUCCUGAAUACUCUAUACCGGAAUUGACAGACCAGGGCGACAGCUGGGUUUUCGCUAUCACUCGCAACCACAAUAAAAUCGUGGAGGAGGUCGACGAGGGAGAAGGUGGGCAGGAUCCCGCGGGGGGUCACAGACUGGGUCAGGGGGAGGAGGAAAAUGAAGGUGACACAAACAACAAACCUAAAACUUUUUUCACUGACUCUCAUUUGUACAUUGAGAACGUCCGGAUCCCCAGAGACAAGCUGGUUGGCCGCAGCCGACCUGGACGUUACAGCCACAUUCUGGACGACUUGUACAAGACUAAUGCGCUUCCGCCGACAGCCAGACGUAGCCGGAUAGGAGUUCUGUAUGUAUCCAAAGGCCCACAUCUAGCUGACAUGCACAUUGUCAUUAACGGGGAGGACAUGGGGGCUUCUGCGAGAGGCAUCCCCACCACGGAGCCCAUUUAUGCCGUAGUGGACGUGUUUGCUGCUACUAAGUGUGUCAGGAUUGUGCAGGUGGAGUAUGGAUUCUCAUCCUUGCAGACACUGUGCAGAAAGUCCAUCCAGAAACACAUCGUCCACAGAAUGGCCAUUGACUGGUUGGCCCUGCCAGAAGCAUUAAAGCACUACUGCAAGUAUGAGUGAGGACUGAGGAUCUUCCGUGGGAACUAAACUGAGACUCUAUAGAUAUUGUGAAUGGAUGCUGUUUGUUAGACCAGGAUGCUUAAUUGCGGAACUAAAAGCCAGUUCACCUAAAAGAAGUGACAGCUUCAUUCAGCUGGAAGACUUUUUGUCCAUUUGUGUCCAUUCAGAUGAACUUGUGAGGUCAGAGGUCAUUGAGGGAGCUAUGAGGCGUAGCUCGGUUGGUAGAGCGGCCGUGCCAGCAACUUGAGGGUUCUGGGUUCGAUCCCCGCUUCUGCCAUCCUAGUCACUGCUGUUGUGUCCUUGGGCAAGACAGUUCGUCCACCUGCUCCCAGUGCCACCCACACUGGUUUAAAUGUAACUUAGAUAAUGGGUUUCACUAUGUAAAGCGCUUUGAGUCAAUAGAGAAAGGCGCUAUAUAAAAUAUAAUUCACUUAUAAGGGCUCAGUGGGGUCUUCCACAUCCAGACUCAUCCAACCGUGCCUUUAAAUCUCGGAAAAAAGGCCUUCCCCAAUCAUUCCCAUAAUUUUGGAACCACAAUACAGAUUAAAUUGUGCCAAUGUGAUAUAUUUUUUUAAGAAUAUUGGUUGAUUAAAAAUAACUGAAACUUUUUUUUUUUUCUACUUUUUAUUGACAUCUUCUCCCUUAAUUUAGUACAGUGUUACCUCAACUGAAGAGUAUUUUGAAAUAAGUUGUGCCGCUAAUUGUUAUGCUUUAAGUUGCAAGCAAAAAUCUGAUACACGCAUCUCACCAGCUAGAGAUGGACAUAGCUUUGUCUUUGCAACCAUGGUAAGGAAAAAAGUGAGUUUGAAGGACAAUGCUGAGAAGAAGUAGUGUAUGAUAUUAUUUGAAUUGAAAAAAUAAAUAAUCAAAAAC